UAGCAUCAGAAAAUUUCUCUCAAUUCAAUCUCUAGUUUUUAUUUUUCACAUGGUAUCAGUCGCCAUCUACAUCUUAUUUUUUUUUCCAGGUCUCUUUCCUCUUCGUUUUUGUUUUCUUUCUCCCAUCAAUCCAAAUGGUUACUACUAGUGACUCUGCUACUCUCUCUGUUACUACCAGUGAUGCUUCUUCCGUCCAUGGCAGUUCAGGCUCUUUGGAUCCUAGCCACCCUUACUUUCUCCACCCUUCUUGUCCCAAUUGUUUAUAUUUUCUCUUUUUCCAAAAAAAAGAUUCUAUAUUCACAACAAUAUUCAUGCACAGCUCGAACAACCAACCACGUGUCAUCUUCUCAGCAACACUAAAUUAAAAAUGUCAGUGACCCCUGCACUUCCAUUUCCAGCCAUUUCAGUCCCCAGAAACAUAAAAUUCCGUCACCUAAAAACCCAAACACUCUUCGUAAUAAGAUCCUCGUCUUCUCACCCGCCGUCAAUGAACACUCCACAACCGAAAAAGGUGGCGGUCUGCGGCGGUGGAGUCAUCGGAGUUUGCACCGCCUACUUCCUAUCAAAAAAAGGCGCCGCAGUUACCCUAAUCGAGCAAUCCUCUGUCGCCUGCGCCGCCUCUGGCAAGGCCGGAGGUUUCCUAGCCCUAGAUUGGUGCGACGGCGGUCCCCUCGCGCCACUCGCACGCGCCAGCUUCAAUCUUCAUCGCUCGCUCGCUGAAGAGCUUGAUGGGCCCAACUCCUACGGCUAUCGUCCACUCACUACCCUUAGUGUCUCCGUCACCGAAUCAUCAUCUUCUUCUUCUUCGUCGAAUCGAACUGGGCCGCUUCCUUCUUGGGUUAACGGCCCAGCUAAAAGCCCAAGAACUAUUGGAUCAACUAAUAGCACGGCCCAAGUCCAUCCACAGCUCUUUACUAAAAAAUUAUUAUCCAAAGCAGUAGAGGAAUAUGGGGUUGAGCUGGUAAUUGGUAGAGCAGAGAGAGUUGAAAUGGUGGAGGGGAAAACGAAGGGAAUUGUAUUGGAAGAUGGGAGAGAGAUUUUGGCAGAUGCAGUUGUGUUGGCACUUGGGCCUUGGACCAAGAGAUUCUCUCUUUUGGGUUCACUUUUCGGGAUUUAUGGAAUCAAAGCCCAUAGUAUAGUGCUGGAACCUAAAGAGCCGAAUACGAUCACGCCACAUGCCUUGUUUCUUACUUAUUAUCCGGCCCAUGGUGGGAAGCCCAUGGACCCGGAAGUUUAUCCUCGUCCAACAGGGGAAGUUUAUAUAUGUGGAAUGUCAGCUCGAGAAGAGGUUCCAGAUGAUCCAGAGCAGGUAAUACCAGUUCCAGAAUCAAUAAACGCGCUUAAGAGAGUGGCUGCUAGUGUAUCAAGCCAUUUAGUGGAGGGGGAAGCAGCUGUGACGGCUGAACAGGCGUGUAUCCUACCUUGCUCUGAAGAUGAUGUGCCAAUUAUUGGGGAAGUUCCUGGUACAAAGAGCUGUUACGUGGCAACCGGACAUAGUUGUUGGGGAAUUCUUAAUGGUCCGGCCACAGGUGCUGCUAUGGCCGAACUCGUUCUGGAUGGACAAGCUAGCAUAGUUGAUCUUAGCCAAUUUACCCUCGCAAGAUUUGCUAGUGUUCUGAACAAGUAAGAUGAUUUUAUACAAAUCAUCUGAGGCAAGACGGCUUCAUAUACUCAUCACCACAAAAGGCAAAAGGGUAAUUGUUGAAAUGAAGAACUUGUAGGCUGUUGUUUUAGCUCUAAAUAUAGCACAGAUGUGUAGAGAAACAACUGGCCACAAUACAUUUUUCAUUAUCAGCACACAAGAAAUAAACGGUCUAGACAAAAUCAAUAUGUACUGUUGUCGAGGAGAGUAUUCAAUUAGUUGGAUGUACUACCUCCGUCUCAAAUUAUCUAUCAAAAUUUUCUUGUACACGUCCCUUAAGAAAACUUAAUUAGGAUGAGAUUUUGACUACUUUACCCUUA